AUGGAGUGUGUAGCCAUCGUGACCGGUGCGCUGCCUGACAUCACUGGCAACCUCUCUGUGGAGACCUUUCAAAGACUCGGUCCCUUAGCCGUUGGGUUAACGCCGUCUGUGCUCCUGGCUAACGCGGAUGGGCAAACCCUUCGGCGGGUGCUCCCGUUGCUCUCAGCCACAGGGGGCUGGAGCCCAGCACAGGCUUCUGUCAUCAUUAAAAAAGUCAUCCAGAAUGGAUACCAGAUCAACAAAGCCAGCAGUAUUUUGAUACUGGGGAAGCUAGCGCCUGGCCUUCCCGUCAAUGUGCUGGAGAAACUGGACAACAAGGACACCCUCCUCCUGGCUGCAGAUCAGAAUUUCACAGAGAGCAUGGAGCAGGCCCCUCUGCCUGUGAAAUACAAGUUUGUGCAACGGAUCUUACAGAGCGUGACUGGAAGCACCUUCCUCAAUAUCCCAGAUAAGCUGGCUGAUCAGAUCCCUCUGUCUAGACUGGCAUCUCCCCAGAUCAAUAUCAAUGAAAUCAACCAGAAGAAAUGGACAGCCGCUCAGGCCAGCGUGUUCUUCCAGGCAGUGCUGAAGUCCACGCAGCAAUACUCCAGGUUAUCUUCCACUGUCCUUCAAGGGUUCAGCUGUGGAGCAGCAAACUUUUUAAACAACAGUCAGUUUGCGAGCCUGGCAAAAGCCAUGAGGGACAAACGAAUACGACUGGAAGACAGCCAGCUCAGCUGCAUGACGAAAAGACUGUCAGGACAGAUAACUCCAUCAGAUUUUGAAGAAUAUCCAGCCGAGGUUCUUUUUUACAUGGGACCAGAGAAAUUUUCAAACACAGUGAACUGCCAGAAAUAUUUUCACCUUGUUGGACAAGCCAAUGUCGACCUUUUGCCAAGAGUGUCUUCCAAAAGACAGUCGCUGCUGGAGAGUGCUAAGGCUUGCCUGGGAACGUCUACCUUAUCAUUUUCAAAGGAAAACCUACAAAUUUUAGGCAAUCUUUCCUGUGCCCUCAAUGGCACCGACAUUGCAAAAUCUGACCCAUACAUCCUAACAAUAUUGCAAAGCUGCAUGUCGUUCACAGAAGACCAACUGACAGCCAUAGAGCAGCAGCUAAAGAACAAAUAUGGAUCGCCUUCAACAUGGACAGUCAGCACCCUGACAGACAUGGGUAUUCUUGCCAGUGCCUUGAGGAGCAGCACACUUCAAAGGAUCUCAGAGACAGAGAAGACACAAUUUUUCCCUGAUUUCUUGAGCCAGUUGAAGACCUGGAAUAGGAACCAAUUCACCUAUCUUCUGAAACAGCUUGCAAACCCUCAGCGGCAAAAACGAGCUGCAACAGACUGCACAAGAACUCCACUGACAACAGAAGUGGUGGUGAAGCAGAGAGACCUUCUAGCUUCCAAGUACACAUCCAGCAGUGAUCUGGAUGCUUGCCUGCCUGAUGAUGUGCUGAGAAACAAUUUGGAAACUUUGGGGAAGAUGGAAUUUCAGGCCCCUCUCCUUCAAGUGCUAAAGCUGAAACUGGACAAGAUCUUUGGCACGCUGCCUGAAGACUACCUUCCACUAUUAGGAAACAUAGCCAGGAUGUAUACCACAACUGAAAUUGCUAACUGGAAUAUCACUACAGCAGAGACCUUAUCAGCCCUAUUGACAGGAACAUCAUGGCAAGAGGAUCUCCCAAAGGUUACGUCUCUGGUCACUCGGCAUCUAGAAGCUAAUGGCAAUCAGUUAGACGGAACAAUGCUCACAAUGCUAGCUCCACACAUCUGUGCUUUGGAAGAUACUCAGAUAAAAGCCAUCAGCAGUGAGGCCGUCAGAGAGACCAGCAGGCCCAUGAAUACCUCGCUGUGUUCUCAGCGCCAGAAGAAUCUCUUCUAUAGCCAGCUGAGAGCUGCUUACGAGGAGAACCCGAGCUCUCCAGAUGCCUACUACCAGCUGCUGAAGCCUGCCAUUGGCGGAGCCCCAACCAAGGAUCUGAUCAAAUUUGCUUCUGGUUAUCCUGUCAUGGAUGUAGCCACAUUUACAGCCCUCAACCCAGAUGAAGUCCAGAAAUUAAGCGCUCAAAAUCUGAAAGAUUUGCUAGGCGCUAAUCUCCCAGAGCUGAACAAUUUAGCGGAUGACCCUGUGGUGAAAUCUUGGACCCAGGCACGCAACCAAUCAGAGGUGAAUUCUUUAGGACUCCUUCUUGUAGCAGGACUCCCAGACAAGCCACCUAACGGUUUUAUAGAUAUUCCAUCAGAACCUUACAUACCCGGAAGAGCAACGACAUAUGCAAAAGACCACAUGUUCCAGCUUUUCUAUUGUAUGCUCUUCCCCUUGGUGUUAACUGCUUUCUUAUAGGCCAUUCAGUAUUUGCCAAAUAUUAAAUAGUAAUCUUCUUGGGGGAGGGAGGGGGGAAUUAUAAUGAUUGAUCUAAUUGGCAUGGUUACAUUCAAUUUAUAUAUGUUCCAGUGUUCUUAAAUGAACAAAAUAUAAAAAAGUGGAGCAUUUAAUUUCUGCUUGGUAAUACAAUAUUGCAUUAUCCUACCACAGUGGUUCCCAAACUGGGGUUUGUGAAAUUUUACAGGGGGUUCUCGGGGAAAAAUUCCCCAAUGGCAGACAGAGCUGUCCCUAGGGACU